CGAACUGUCACCCGUGUAUUUUUCAUCAAAACACGCAACUAAAUCGGAUUUCAUCGUAAACUCCGGAAGGUUAGCACGCUCCUUGGAAACUAAAACAUGAAGGCCCUGAAUAAUAUUCUGCUGAAACGCACCUCGACCUACGCCGUGGGAAUUGCAGCUAGCGUUUUCUUCUUCGAGCGUGCUUUCGAUUUGGCCACUGAUAGUUUUUUCCGAUCUUACAACAAGGGCAAACUGUGGGACGACAUCAAAGAUAAAUACGAACAAUAGAUGAUUUGUCGAAAAAAACAUCUAUUUAUCAACUAAAGCUCCCAAUAAAACAUGUAGCUAAAUAA